UCUAUAUAUUUUUUAUACUUUGAAGACGCUUGCGUCGUUCGCGCACGGUAAUGACGCAAUGACCUGCUCGAACAGCCCUCCUCUCCUCUGACCUAAUCCAAAAUGGCAGCCACCAUUGCUCGACUGCUCCGGACUUCUGCUAGGGUUGCAGCCGGAGGGCUGAAAGUCACAGUAGCACGUCAACAUGGAGUCUCGGGGGCUACAAGAGCCCUCGCCGGUCCUGCACUUCAGACAUCCUGUCUCUCAACCAGCACUCGCAGAUGGGCCCCUGCCGUCACUCAGCCUGCUCCUGCAUUUAAGGCCACAGCUGUCCUCAAUGGGGAGUUUAAGGAAAUGAGCCUCGCUGAUUUCAAGGGCAAAUACCUGGUCCUUUUCUUCUACCCACUGGAUUUCACCUUUGUAUGCCCAACAGAGAUCAUUGCAUUCAGUGACAAGGCCAACGAGUUCCACGACAUCAACUGUGAGGUUGUGGGUGUGUCUGUGGACUCCCACUUCACCCACCUGGCAUGGAUCAACACUCCACGCAAGACCGGAGGUUUGGGCCACAUCCACAUCCCGCUGCUCUCAGACCUCAACAAGCAGGUGUCUAGAGACUAUGGGGUGCUGCUGGAGGGUCCAGGCAUCGCACUCAGGGGCCUGUUCAUCAUUGAUCCAAAUGGUGUGGUGAGGCACAUGAGUGUGAACGACCUGCCGGUGGGCCGUUGUGUAGAGGAGACCCUUCGUCUGGUGAAGGCGUUCCAGUUCGUGGAGACCCACGGUGAAGUGUGUCCGGCCAGCUGGUCCCCCGAGUCCCCAACAAUCAAACCAACCCCAGAAGGAUCCAAGGAGUACUUUGAAAAGGUCAACUGAUAAAGUUUACAAUGUGUUCAGCUAGAACAGUAAAUGGUACACAUCAAAAUAUAUGUAAGUUUUAAGUUGUAAUUACUCCUACUCAGCUGAAUACACCAAUAAAUCUAUUCUUUAUAAACGACA